UAGCCUCCCUCGUUCUCGCACAUUUACAAACUGCUCCAUAAACAAGGAAUAAAGACAUGGUUUCCAUGGUGACGGCCGCAUCGGCUAACCUACUUUUGCAUGAGCCGACCGAGUCCAUUGGUUGAUGAGGGGAACGUUGAUGCGACACACAUGUGGCUUUCCGUGUAAAUAAUAUUUGACAUAGAAGCACAGUCGAUUGUUUUCGUGAUGCUUAUUGGGAGUAUGAGAAAGAAGAGAUUGCAAAUAAUGCUUCAGUCAGGUGAGGGCUGCAUUUGCGUAACUUCCGUAAGUGAUGCGGCGCAAGAAAUAAUGAUCUGGAUUUUUCAUGGCGCUUGAUUAUUGCAACGAUGAAACAAAGUGGGGAAAAAUUUGAACGUGAUCUCAGCUGGUUAUUUCUACUUCACCAGAUGAAAAUAGAUAUUUUUUUCAAUUGAGUUGUACAGGUCAGAGGUCAACUUUACACAGAUCCAAUUGGCUGGCUCAGUUAUUUGCCAUGUUGUGAAAACUCUGCGAUGGGUUGUAAUGUCAUAAUUUUCGGAUCGAUCCGCGAUGCCAUUGAUGGGAUCUGCAAACAAAUCCUAUUUACUCCAAAAACAUUAUUUUCUGCCUUUUCCAAUAUUAUCCCCCCCCCAGCCCCCCACCAGUUCCACACAUUUUCUGAAACAUUUUAACAAGCGUGUUUCGGCAGCCGUCCUACUUUGCUUUCGUGAAGGCGCGGUGCUUUUGUGUCGUAUAAUUUUGCCUUGACAUCUCUCUACCUGCACACACAUUCACCCGUCACCUUUUACAUAAUCUCUCUACCCUGAGCUUUUCACCGUGGGAGGCAAUUAGCCCCCCUGACCUUCACCGUGCAAAAAGUCGCAUACUGACACACAGGGACGAGCACAUGCACUGCUGAUCCCUCUGGCGCUGGAAGAUUGCAAGAGUGGAGCAGGUCUGGACAGGUGGACAGGCAACGUAGGCCGACUGAUAACUACAUGUGGCUGCCAAUAUUGUGUUAACAGAUGACAGGAUUUUUAGCAACACACACACGCCAAAGAGUGGAUUAGAAUGUUGGUCAUAUCUAGGCGUGCCAGGGAAUUGGGACCCCAUAAAAUAUUACUUAAAAAAAAAAAGUCAUUUAUUACCCACCUGUCAGUGAUGAGCCUUCAGAACUGUCACUGAUUUUAUCCCCCUUUGUGGCACCUCUGUCAAUAUCUGUUCACUUUCUUUAAUUAAUCGAAAUCGUUCUUGAACGUUCCAAUAUUCCACGAUAAUACUUGUUUAUCACUCGCUAUGGCAAUCAGACCUUUUGAAAUAAACAAAACAAAAUUGACGUUUUACCGCUAGGUGGCAAUAAAAGCCAAUUUAUUCUUUUUUUUUCAUGAGAACACAAGUUAGGGAGUUGCUUCUCUGUGCAGGUAGAUAAGAUGGGGAAAUUUGAAGGAACGCACAUAAGUGUGGUCAACUCUUACAGGCCAAAACGAUACUUUAUACGAAUAAAAUCUAACGAAGGAUCCGUAUCAAAGGCAAGUAAAAUGCUCAAAACAUUGCGCAGAUUUACAGAACCGUGAAGUCAAUCCACAACGAGAAACACACGAAACAAAAUGUUUUUGUACAGGCUACUGUUAGAUUAGAUUGUAAUCUAAUGUUGUCAUGACGCCCUUUGUGAUACAGACACGGCCUACCUUUAGGGUUGUUAAAUCGGUAUUGCCCAUAUUGAAAAGGGUGAGCUACUUUUUUUUUUUGCCCUCGCACACCCACCUUAUUGUUGCGAUUACUUCACUCGUCCCGAGCUUAGUCCUCGAGCUUGUGUUGAUUGACAAGUUGUCUCGUCUCGACGUUCUUCAUCAAUUCGGCUGUGCGCACGCGUCGCGAUUGCGAUAAGUGAUGAUGACGGGGGUGAGGAUGGCGACGAGAGCGUGACCUCAGCGCCUCCAGCACAGCCGCGGGAGACGCGAUCGCGCACACCCGGAGAGACGAGGGGGAGGGCGUCGGACGGACACACGGCGAGGGGAGGCACACAGACACACUGGAGACGACCCGGGGGAGGAAAGUGCACGACGACGCGCGCGGGGCGUCCCUCGACUGCUUCCCGUCUGCUCGCCUCCCAGAAUGUUCUGUGCUCGCGGUCCGUUCCUCCGCCACGAGAACCAGCAGCCGCUGCCGCCGCCGACGCCGCGUCUCCACGGAGCCUGAAGCCCAAAUGAUCACCCUCUCCGCCGACAUGGACGAGUCUUCGUCGUUGCUGGAUCUCUUGGAGUGCUCGGUGUGCCUGGAGCGCCUGGACACCACGGCCAAGGUGCUGCCGUGUCAGCACACCUUCUGCCGACGCUGCCUGGAGAACAUCGUCAGCUCCCGGAACGAGCUGCGUUGCCCGGAGUGUCGCAUCCUGGUGGACUGCGGAGUGGACGACCUCCCGGCGAACAUCCUGCUCGUUCGCCUCCUGGACGGCAUUAAACAGCGGCCUCAGCGAGGCGGCGCGGGCAGGCAGCCCGUGGCCGGGGGCUCGCUGCAGGGCUGUGCAGCCGGGAUAUCGGCGUCUCCCCCGGGCAGCGCCGCCAGAGAGCUGCCCGUCGCUACCCGGAGCUCUCCCGUUAAGAAUAUCCCAGCGCUGCCUUGCGGCAAAGCGCUCUACUCUUACGAGGGCAAGGAGCCGGGCGAUUUGCAGUUCUCCAAGGGUGACAUCAUCAUCCUGCGACGCAAGGUGGACGACAACUGGUACCACGGGGAGUUGAACGGUUGCCACGGGUUCUUGCCCGCCAGUUACAUCCAGCUGCUGCGGCCGCUGAGCCAGACUCCGCCCCAGGGCAAGGCGUUGUACGACUUUGAGGUCAAAAACAAAGACCAAGAUAAAGACUGCCUCGCAUUCAGCAAGGAUGAAGUCCUGACUGUAAUAAGGAGGGUGGAUGAAAACUGGGCAGAAGGCAUGCUGGGCGACAAGAUUGGUAUCUUCCCCAUUCUCUACGUGGAGUUAAAUGAAACGGCAAAGCAGCUGAUGGAAAUCGACAAGCCGACGACAACGCCCAGUGUGCCAGGUCCGAGCUCGGAGCCGUCCCCGUUGGGUCCCUGCUCUCUCGGCCCCUCCCCCAGCACCUCUCCUUCCAAUGGAAACGGCUCGGGACAUCGGAGAGGCGAAGGGAAGAAAAACGCAAAGAAGAGGCAUUCGUUCUCAGCUCUGUCCGUUACCCAGCGAGCGGCCCAACUCAACAACCGACACAGUAUGGAGAUCUCCCACCCAGUCCUCAUCAGCUCCUCUGACCCCAGGGCCGCCGCACGCAUCCAGGAUGCAUCGUCCCCAGGUCCCUCCCCCUCCUCGGCAGGGGUACUGGUGCCCCCAAAAGUGGCAUCUAUAACCUCUGAGCUGUUGGCCCAUGCGAAAGUGCAGCUGCCUCUCAACAUCUACCUUGCGCUUUACGCCUACAAGCCCCAGAAAGCUGACGAGCUUGAACUUAGAAAGGGGGAGAUGUACCGGGUGACAGAGAAGUGUCAGGACGGAUGGUUCAAAGGCACCUCACUGAGAACGGCCGCGUCUGGCGUCUUCCCGGGGAACUACGUCACCCCCGUGUCCAGGGCUACUUUUGGAGUGGGCGCGACACGAGGCUCGUGUUUGUCCAGUCCAGGAAAUGGAGGAGGUGGUGGUUGUAGUCAGCUCAGCGGUAAAAUCUCGGAUCCCUCUUCUCCAGGGUCCCCGGGGCCCUCUUCGUCCCGUCCCUCCACGCCGCUGGUCAACUGCGUCAGUCCCGCUUCGUCGCCGCAGACCGCAGCCGCGCAGCUGAAGAACUGCCUGCGCUCCAGUCAGCAUUCAGUCAACCAGACGCGCACCUCCAUGCAGCUGGUCCAUAGUUCGUCCGCCGGGAGCCCAGAGCGACCCACGGUGGCGAUAUCUUCCCUGCGUUCUCAGAGCUCCUCCCCUUCACGUUGCGCGAGCCAAUCGGGUCGCCCGCUCUCCAUGACGUCUCCGGGACCCAGUUUGGGGCCCUCGCCCCUGUCGUCCCCCGCCUCACGGCCGCACCUGCCCCUAUCGUCUCCUUUGUCCUGCCUCACGCCUCCCAACGUGUCAGCGGUGCUACUCAACGGGGAACCGGCCAUCCCCCUGCAGCCGCCCUCACCGGGCCCCUCUCAUGCACCUGCGCAGUGCGCGCUGGCCCCCAAAACAGAAAAGAAGGAGAGAAAAGCCGGAGGUUUGUUGAAGCUCCUGUCAGGGGCGGCGGCCAAGAAGAAACCACGCUCACCUACCACCUCCCCACCCACCCACGAUCCCUCCUCGGCCGGCCAAAGCGUGCUACCGACCAACCUCGCCCACCAUCCUCACCACCCCCACCACCACCACGCCCGCUCCGGCUCGUGUCCCAUGGUCACUCAGGGGCGAGCCGGCUCGUGUCCUGUCGAGAUCGACAUGGCGGGGGCUGUGGGGCUGGAACCUCUGCACAGGAAAUCGGGCUCCUUGGAUACAAACUUUCCCAUGUCGCCCCCGCCAACGCGAGCUAGCAGUGUUCUAAUGGUGCUCCGGCCUGAACCCAAGCCACUGUCCAGGGAGAGGUACCGUGUGGUUGUUCCUUACCCACCCCAGAGUGAGGCGGAAAUCGAGCUUCGCGAGGGAGACGUGGUGUUCGUCCACAAAAAGCGAGACGACGGCUGGUACAAAGGCACCCUGCAAAGGACGGGACAGACUGGCCUGUUUCCUGGAAGCUUCGUGGAAAGCUUUUAAAAAGAGACACAGAAUCACCUGGCUUGAUAUUGGAGUUUCCAAUCUGCCUUAAGGAGCUAUUAACCCCCCCCCCCCCCCAAAAAUGUUUUGAAUUCACCGGAAUUUGAGUUUCAGCGACAAGAUUCUUCCUGUGGACUUUUUACAAAGGAAAAGACAGUAGCACAAGACAUCUUCAGAAGUCUUUCUUGAUCCAGCACACUUUCACCAGGAAAGAGGAUGACCACACUUUCCCGUCCUCGUCCCGGGAGUGCCACAUCACAGGGGCCCCCCCCUCUGCGACGACUGAAGACACACACCCACAGACACACAUAUACACACACACACUCGAAGAGCACACAAACAAAAGCUUCCCAGGUGUCAUCCACCAGCACAACAAGCAUCAGCUCGGCUUCAAAUUGCGACCUCAGAACUAACUUCUCUCUGGUGCGUUCUUUCUUUGCAAAGACCCAAACCAGGUUCAUAGUGUUUGUGGCAAUAAGCACAUAUUUUAUUUUAUUUUUUUAACUCAAUAUGUGUUGAUGAUAAAUGUAGGGUUGCAACUAACGAUGAUCUCAAUAAUUGAUUAAUUUGUCAAUUGUUUUGUUGAUGAAUCAGAUUUUCUGAUUUCAAUCCUCACCUUGUUAUUCCAAAACGCGACAUGAUUUCAAAUCGAAAGUGCAAAUUAACCCUUUCAGGGACAGUGGUUACUACAGUGGAUAGCAUAUCAGUUUAUCAGGUUACAGGUUAUCAUUAUUGGUGCAUGAAAGGGUAAAUAACGGUUCACUUCCUGGUUUGGUUCGCAACAUGUCAAAAAAAUAGGCCAACAUGUUGAGCGGUGAUUUCCAAAUUCAAAACAGAUGUUUGCAAAAAUAUCGAUUUAUUGAUUCAACACAAAUGUUAGCAUUCUGCUUUCAUGGAGGACUACAGAAAUGUGUGAAUAUUUACAGUUCAGUGGCUGAAAAUAUUGAGGAUUUGGAUCAUAAAAAAAAGGUCUAGGAACGAUUAAUCGAUUCUCAAAAUAUUUCGAUAACCGAUUAUUCGUCGAUUAAUCGCUGCGCCUCCAGACAAAUGCGUGCAAACUUUGUUUUUUCUCUCUUUGUGUUUGUUUGUUUUAUUAUAAAUGUUCAGAUUGAUAUUUGUGUUGUCCCAAGCUGUGAUCUGUCACUGGAUUUGUUUGUAUUUUAAAACAAAAAAAAAAACAAGGUACAACAAGUAAUUUCAUCAUUCAUUUUUAUAUUUAUUGAAUCUGAAAUUGUUCUAUUUAAUAUUUCUCCCCCUCCCCCCAUGCACACGGUGGCUUCAUGUGAGGAAACAAAAUGGCUUGCUGAAUGUAAAAAAAAAAGUUAUAAAAAAAACCCUUGGGAUGAUUCAUUUGUAUUGUUAAAGUUUUAUGUGUUUAAUGGACGCAAAGAUGAGAUUGCACUCGGUGACAUUUCAGACAGCUCAACAUAUCUGCACUUCAUGUGAUUAGCAUCUGCCUCGACAAAAAAACAAAUAUUUUACUUAAAACCAGCUUUUUUAAUUUUUUUUUUUUAAUUAAAUGAUCAACUCGCAAAUUCUACUGUUGAGAGAGCGGUGCGAACAAAGUCGUGCAGAUGUGGAUGAGACGCAAAGGAUCCGAAAGUUGUAAACAGGAGCUUUUCAUUCGCCAGCUGCCAAAACCUUUGACAGCGACUCGAAUCUUGUUGAUAUAUUUUCUUUUGUACGAGUCUUCAGUGAGUGUACAGUCUGCUUUAUGCAUUUUUACGUCCUGAGAGUCAGUCCAAGCUAGUUUACAUCUGCCACACGAUCUACCUUCUUCCCCCCUCGCCCCCUUUUGUGAGAUCGAAGCACAGCCAAACUCGAGGGUUUGACUCACUGGGUAUAUUUGUGUUUGUGUGUGUGUGUGUGUGUGUGUGUGUGAAGGGGAUUCGCUCUUUGUGUGUGUUUGUUGCUCUUUGGGUUGAAGUUCCGCUCACAGUCACAAGGGGAGGGGAUAAAACGGAAGCGGGAAUGUGCAUCAAUAUCCUCAGAGGGACGGACGCGUGUGUAAAAGUGUGAGGAAGGCAGAAUUUUAAUUGCGGCCGUAGGUGCAGCUCAUUGAUUAGCUGAACACACUUUUUU